CUACCAGCAAAGAUGGCUGGUCAAAGUAAACUUACAUCGAGAAAUUCUGCAAUAGCAACUGCAGUCGGUGUUGGACUGUUUCUUCUUUACAGAGCGAACAAAAUAAAAAGGCUCAGAAAAACUGAAGAACCAGAAAUAAAGGUUGUAAUUUCACAGCAUGGCCAGAAACGUGAGAAAGCGGCAGUGGAUUCUGUAUUCUUUAGACGGUUGUUAAAUAUUUUGAAGAUCUUAGUUCCAGGCUGGCUAACACCAGAGGCAUGGUACCUUUUUGUGGUUGCUUUGUCACUGGUAGCUAGGACCUACGCCGAUGUUUGGAUGAUUCAGAAUGGAACUCUCAUUGAAAGUGCAAUAAUAGGUCGAGACGUGAACCUGUUCAAGAAGUAUCUGUUUCAGUUUAUUUUUGCAAUGCCAGCGAUUUCAGUGGUGAAUAAUAUCCUGAAGUAUGGUUUGAAUGAACUGAAGGUGCUCUUCCGAUCCCGGUUAACAUAUUACUUGUAUAACAGAUAUCUCACAGGAUUCACAUUUUACAAAAUGAGUAACCUUGACAACAGAAUAUCAAACCCAGACCAACUUCUGACCCAGGAUGUUGAAAAGUUUUGUGAUUCAGUAGCUGAGCUCUAUUCAAAUCUAAGCAAACCAGUUCUUGAUGUCUUACUGUAUACAAUCAAGCUGACAGGUGCCAUUGGUAUUCAGGGCCCUGUGUGCAUGUUGGGAUAUCUAGUAAUAUCAGGCUUGAUACUCACUAGGAUCCGUAGACCGAUUGGUAGAAUGACAGUUCAGGAGCAAAGACUGGAAGGAGAAUACAGAUUUGUGAAUUCUAGAUUAAUAACAAACAGUGAAGAAAUUGCCUUUUAUCAGGGUAACCAAAGAGAACAAUACACAAUUGUGGCAACAUUCAACAAACUGAUCCAUCAUUUGAGAGAGUUCAUCUUUUUCCGUUUGCAGAUGGGUUUUGUUGAUAAUGUUGUUGCAAAGUACAUUGCUACUGUUGUUGGGUACCUGGUGGUCAGUCGACCUUUCCUUAACCUUGCCCACCCCAGACAUCUGACCAGCUCACACAGUGAACUUUUAGAAGACUACUAUAAAAGUGGUCGGAUGUUGGUGAAAAUGGCUGAAGCUAUUGGACGGAUUGUGUUAGCUGGUAGAGAAAUGACCAGACUUGCAGGGUUCACUGCACGUGUGACUGAGCUGAUUAAAGUACUCAAUGACAUCAACAGUGGACGCUAUGAAAGAACAAUGGUUUCUAAUGGACAUUUGAAAUCGUCCCAAGAAAAGAACAGGGUGCUCAAGCCAGGCAGUGGGAAGAUUGUCAUUAAAGAUCACAUCAUCAAAUUUGAAAAAGUACCUCUAGUAACCCCAAAUGGCGAUGUAUUGGUAGAGGAACUCAACUUUGAGGUGAAGUCAGGGAUGAAUGUGCUUGUAUGUGGACCAAAUGGAUGUGGGAAAAGUUCUCUGUUCAGAAUUCUAGGAGAGCUGUGGCCUCUCUUUGGUGGAACAUUGACCAAGCCGGAGAAAGGAAAACUUUUCUACAUUCCACAGCGGCCGUACAUGACUAUAGGUACACUGCGUGAUCAGGUGAUCUACCCACAUUCUCACGAGGAGCAGUUAAAGAGGGGAGUUAGCGAUGCAGAAUUGCAGGAUACUCUAGACAAGGUUCAGCUUGGAUAUAUUUUGGAUCGGGAAGGAGGCUGGACAUCUGUACAGGAUUGGAUGGAUGUGUUGAGUGGAGGAGAGAAACAAAGAAUAGCAAUGGCUCGGUUAUUUUAUCACAAGCCACAGUUCGCCAUUCUGGAUGAAUGUACAAGUGCAGUCAGUGUUGAUGUGGAGGGUUACAUGUACCAACAUUCAAGGGAGGUUGGAAUUACCCUUUUUACAGUUUCCCACCGAAAAUCAUUAUGGAAACACCAUGAGUAUUACCUGAAGAUGGAUGGGAGAGGUUCCUUUGACUUCAAAGCCAUCACACCAGAAACCAUGGAAUUUGGAUCUUGAUAGUACAUGAAAUAUCUAGUGCUUUUCUUGAUCAAAUUCUUUCUACAUUUUAGUAUUUUUAUUAAUGAAUAUAUUGUACUGUUACCAUACAUGUAUAUGAGAAUGAUGUCAAAUGGUAAAAACGAUACUACUACCUGUGAUUACGAUACUGUGAUGUGCAGGGCACAUUAAUUCAUGUGAUCUGUUAUGCUGUUAGUGUGUCGGUUAUGCAACUUAAAAUAAACACAAACUGUCAGUUGGUUACAGGAUACAUGAUGAACUGUUACCAAUUCUAUAAUUGCAAAAAACAUUGCAAACUUCAGAAGAUAAUUCCAUUGAAUGCUAGUGUGAGCAGUUGAGGGAACUGAUUAGGUUGAUCAGAUAUAACACAGCCGUAGCUAGGAUUGUUUUGGGGGUGGGGGAGGAGAUGAAUUGAUGGAACAAACGAGCAUCCCUAAAACUACUCGGUUAAGAAGAGGAUUUUCUAUUAUUUUUACCAGAUUUUACCUCCACCCCUACCUACUGCUGGCUACGGCCCUGUAUAAUCCACAUGAAAGAAUUAUUGGUUACUUAGGUAAGUAUAACAUGAACUGUUUUCCGGUUACCUAAUUUAUUUUUUAAUAUUGUGAAUGAGUUGUGAAUGUAUGCAAGAUCUUGCAAAUCCAUGAUAGUUUACUAAAACAGUAACAGAAGUCUACAUCACAAGAUUAAAUUGAAGCUGCAGAGUUCAGAAUAUUUUAUUGUUUUUACACACAGAAUUCCUAAUCUAGUCUUGUUUUAUACUUUUUGAGCUGUUUUCUGCUUCUGACAGAACAGCAUUUUUGUCAUGUGUUACCAAACCCUCUAUUAAUAACGUCCCAUUAAAACGGACCGUUACUUGUGUGGAGAAUUCCCCGUUUAGUUUCAUAUAUACUGAACUUUUCAUGGUACAAGAUUUUGCAAUGGCCUAGACUGAAUUCUCUUUUCACGUAACUUUCUUAUUGUUUUGGGAGGGUUUGCUGAAGUGGUGAAUUAUUGUUUAAUAAUGUUAAAAGCUGAUCACAACUGUGGAUAAUGGAAACGUAUUGGGUUAUUAAUGAAAUGUGUUGAAUUCUGAAAAGGCAAGGUAGUGCAUUGAAGUGAUGAAUUUUUCAUUCUUUUUUAGAAGUUUUUAACCAAGAGACUUAAAGAACAAAAAUGUUACUUGGAUUAACCCUAAUGUAUCAUAUAUCCUUUAAUUUCAUCAUUUGUGUGUUGAUUUUACUACUUAUUUUCAGUUUACAUUUAAAAGUAUCUUUGGUUUUGUAAAUCUUGUAUGAAAAUACCAUUAUUUUAUUGAAAAACAGAAUCUAUAGUUAGAUUUACUAGGAGACAGUUUUUUGGCUGUGUUGUUAACAUAACAUGCUAUUGUGUGUUUAAAAGUGUGAAAAUGGCAUAAUAUUAAUUGGUGAACAUUUCUACUAAAUCUUAAAACACUUAACUUGUUAUGAGUUAUUUUUUUUAUACAUGUGAAUGCAAUUUAUUACUUAAAUCAUAGUAGCCACCUAAAAAAUGACUGGUAUUUCAAAAUAUACUCUUUCUUUUCACAUUACCUGUCCUCAAACAAGUGCACUCCCCCCCCCCCCCCUACAACUAGUAGUCUGGUCCGAACAUCCCAACAGCCAAUGGGAUGGCCUAAAUUCUUCUACUGCAUACUCUCUCUAGUUCCGGUCACAUGAUUUUCCAGACCAAAUUUAAUUCGCUGCUGGAAUAGCUAUGUCUGUAUACAUUACAAAGAUGUAAUCUGGAAUGAUUGAAUCAACUUUUUUUACAUGCUCAUAUAUCAUGAAGGUUUCAAGCAUGCCCAUGACGGGAUUAGCCUCAGACAUCACCAGUGACUAAGUCCGGGACAGGAGGGGAGGGGUGAGUUUGAGGUGGGCGGAAUUUGGAAUAAAGAAUUUAGAAGUUAGGUCAAAGCAAAAAGAUAGCGGACACAUUCUAAUCAUGUCUGGAAUAAAAAAUUACGUCCAAAAGUAAAAUUUGAAUGCUCGGUCGAAAUGUUUUUAGGUGAUUUGAGCAAUUUUGACAGGCUGUUGUAAUCUGAACCUGAAUGUCAGUACUGUGGGAUCGACUGCCAGUAACACAGUUAACUUCCUGAUACUGUGGAUAAGGGUUUUGGUUUUAUUCAUUAUUUGCUGCUAAUAUUUAUGUGUUCCAUUAUUUCUUUCCAUCUGUUUAUUAAUACUUUUAUCCCUUAUUUUGCAUAAUAUUUGGGUUGUGUCCAAACAUAUUUAACUGCCCAUGGUACUGGACACUCUUCCCCCUUUCACUGAUUUCAACAAACAAGGUUCAGUGUUCAUCCAAAACAUUUCUGUUCAAAUCAUUAUUGUUUAACACUGCAUGUUAUUACACAAUGCCCAAGUUUGCUAAAUACUAGGACUUUGAAUGUUUGACUGUUGAGUAGCUGCAUAAUACAUUACCUGGUAUGAACAUGUUUACAGGUCUUUUAUUUGAAGGUACCAAUUUAAAAUUGUCUAUUCACCUGUUUUAGAAAAACAAAUAUUCUGGGAAUCUUUUUGUGGGGUGUUGAUUGGGGUUUGGCAGGGGUUACAUUUUGUAGGUGACUGUUAAAAUGGGGAAAAAUUAACUUUCUGGUAAUCUUUUUGUCUAAAACUUGAUGCUUUAUCAUAAAGAGACAACUUAAUUUUACCAGUAUCAAAAUUAUUUCCCAUAUAUUCUUUUACAAAUUUGUAACUGGCAAUGGAAAGUGCAAGCCAUGUUCUAGGUGGAUGUUUAUAACCUCCAUCAAUUGGUUAUGAUGGAUGCUUAGGGUUGUUCUUGAAUUGAUUAUAGUGUGGGGUAGGAGAAUACAAAAUAAAAUUGUAUGCACAGGGAAAAGGAUGUGACAUAUCGAACAUAAAAUAAUCAUUAUGCAUGUUCACCCCCUCCACUACCACCCCACCACCCCACUCCUAUGUUAUUAGUUCUGGAACAAAUCACUGUUUGCAUCCAUUUAAAGAUUGGGUUUGAAAUAUUCUUUUGACCAUUGGUUAAACAACAUGUACUGGUAGUACAUUAUGGUAGGUGCCAUCCAACAGUGAAAUGCCAGCAUGUUGACCUAAUUAAGUUACUAUGACCUACUUUUUCUUAUGCAUUGCUGAACAUUCAGUUAUUUUCAUCUACUCUGAGCCAUUUUAAGGAUCCACGGGGCCUGUAGCACAAAUAACAGCAGGACCGCCUUCCCAGGAUUUUGCAACCCUUUCGGGGAGAGGGGGAAAAUAACCUGGUUGAACAUAAAUGUAUACAUCACCUUGGGGCCCUCUGAAGCACGGGGCCCGUAGCACGUGCUACAUGUGCUACUAGGAUAAACUGUCAAUGCAUCUACCAGGUAAUUCCUUAUUUUAAUAAAAACAUUUCACCAUGCAUAACAUCAAAGUAAAAGGACAUUGCAUAAAUAGAAAACAUUUUUAUACCCAAAUAAUAUUUAUUUAUUUAUGAUGUACAUUUUAUGAAGGAAAUACAUGUGUGUAUAGAAAUAAAAAGCUUUAAUAGCUACAAAUGAAUUAUCUAUCUAGUGAUUGUCAUGAAUGCUGUCAGCAUUUACACUAUGCAAUAAAAUGGAUUUUUUUUUCUCA